AUGGAUCAAGAUGACAAAACCCCACUUCAAGAAGAGCACUGCCAGAGGGGAAAAGUCCCCAAGAACGGGAUUUUUGGCCUGAUUUUGAGCCCUUUUAAUUUCUUGAAGAAGCUGAGCAACGAGCUCCACUGGAGCUUCGUGUCGGCGGUUGUGGUGGUGUACGGAAUCAAUCAGGGGAUUGGUUUGGGGCUGAGCAAAGUGAGCACGCAGUAUUACAUGAAAGACGAGCAGAAAUUGCAGCCUUCUGAGGCACAGGUGUACCAUGGAAUGAUCAUGAUGCCUUGGAUGGUGAAGCCCUUGUGGGGCCUACUCACUGAUACUGUCCCCGUUGGCGGCCGCCGCAGGAGGCCCUACUUCAUCUUUGCUGGCAUGAUAGGUGCUAUAUCCAUGAUAACUCUAUCACUUAAAAGCAACUUGUACCUCGGGUUUGCUUUGUUGCUCUUAAUAUGUGGGAGUGCUGGGGCUGCCAUAGGAGACGUAACUAUCGAUGCCUGUGUAACUGAGAACAGCAUAAUCCAUCCUUCUCUUGCUGGUGAGAUGCAGAGUCUGUGCGGUUUGUGCUCGUCUGUUGGCCAAUUGGUCGGAUACUUGCUUAGCGGAUUUUUGGUUCAUAUCAUUGGAUCCAAGGGUGCCCUCGGGGUCCUUAGUAUUCCAGCUGCACUAGUGAUUUUGGUGGGGUUGUUUAUACAAGAGCCCUUAAUCCGAAAUUUUUCUUACAAGAGAGUUAGUUAUAAGUUUGUUGAUGCUGGUCGGUCGAUGUGGGCGGCUCUCAAAUGUACGGUUGUUUGGAGGCCGUGUUUGUACAUGUACCUGUCCCUUGCCGUUAGUCUGCACAUACACGAGGGCAUGUUCUAUUGGUAUACGGAUGCAAAAGAUGGGCCUGCUUUCUCACAGGAGAUGGUGGGCUCCAUAUCAGCCUUUGGCGCAAUCGGCUCGCUUUUUGGUGUCCUCCUCUACCAAAACGCUUUCCGGGCCCACCCCUUCCGCCAGGUCCUCUUCUGGGCCCAAUUGCUAUACGGCCUCUCGGGCCUGCUGGACCUCGUACUGGUCUCGCGCAUAAACUUGGCUGUCGGGAUCCCGGACUACAUGGUCGUGGUAUUAGACGCCUCGGUUUCUCACAUGAUCAGCCGGCUAAAGUGGAUGCCACUUCUUGUGCUGAGCUCCAAACUUUGCCCGUCGGGCAUUGAGGGCACGUUUUUCGCGUUGCUCAUGUCGAUUGACCAUGUGGGCCAAUUCACUGCCUCGUGGGCUGGGGGAUUCUUGCUGCAUGCUCUGAAUGUGACACGCACGAAAUUCGAUAACCUCUGGUUGGUCAUAGUGAUAAGGAGCUUGUGUCGUGUGCUCCCGGUUGGGAUUUUGUUCUUAGUACCGAGUGGUGAUCCAAAUGAAGCCAUACUGCCUAUGGACAUGUUGAGGACUAAAAAGGACGAGAGCGAUAAUAAUAAUGAUGAUAUUAGUAGUAAUAGUAAUUUGGAGGGUAUUAAUAUGGAAAUGGAAUUGUUCGUCAAGGAUCUCGAUUCGCAGCAUUGA